AUUAUUUAAUGAAACCAUCAACUUUUAAAAUAGUUUUAGUUGGUAUUAAUUUUGACAAUUAAAAGGGGAUACAAGAGUUGGUAAGUCAAAUACAUUGACAAGAUUUGCUUUUGAUAAAUUUGAAGAAGGGCAUAAAAUUACAAUAGGCGUAAUACUUAGAAUAAUUUUUAGGUGGAAUUUGCAUAGAAAAAUGUAUAAAUAAAUGGCAAUGAGAUUAAAUUAGCAAUUUGGGAUACUUGUGGAGCAGUAAUAUAAAAAAAAUAUUAAAGGAAUAAUAUAGAGCUCUUACAAAAAUUUAUUAUUAAGGUGCUGCAGGAGCAUUGCUGAUUUUUGAUAUCACUGAUCGAAGUUCAUUUGAUAAUUUAGAUAAAUGGCUUAAGGUUUAGAUUAUGUAAAUAUAAUGUUAGGAUAUUGAAUUAAAUACAUAAUCAAUAGUUAUUAUGUUAGUUGCAAAUAAAAUCGAUAUUUAAGAUCAAAGAAAGGUUAGUAAGUAAGAAGCAGCUUAAUUUGCAUUUGAGCACAAAUUAGCUUAUUUGGAGACUAGCGCAAAGGAUGGAACUGGUAUUUAGCAAGCAUUUGAAUAAUUGGCAACUGGUAAUAAAAUCAUAUGAAAAUUUUAGAAAUAGUAAAAUUAUCAUAAGCAGCUGAAACAACUUAAAAGAAUAAUAUAAAAUUAACUGAAUCUACAAUUUAAAAAGAUGUGGGCGAAAAAUAAAAAAAGUGUUGUUGAUAUGUUAACUAAAUUGGUUAUAAUUUAC